UCCCAGGCUGUGAUUAUUCAGCUCUCUUCGCUGCAAGUCUUUUCACUUCGAGACUCGCAUCUCCGACUCUUGCGGAAGUCUCAUUCCCACGCUGUUUGGCGAACUUCGCAGAAGCGGUACCUCUCGCGAAGCGUCUAAACGUCGCUCCUUGGCACUUCAGUAGUACGGGUUAGUUGGCCAGAACUGACGGCAAGACUUACGGGUUAGUCUACACGUCUACACGCCGGCCUAUUCUACUGGCAGUGAUCACGCGCAUUAAGUCAUUGACAGCCGCAAUCAUAGAACAGUACCUCUCAGGUGAAAAGUGCAGUAAUCUCCGAGCACUGUAUAUUCUCAGCAUCAGCAUCAACAUCAGCAUCAGCACCCGUAUCAACACCAUCGUCAGCAGCAGCACAGCAGGCCGCCAUGGCGAAGCCACAGAAGUCGCUCAAGGGAAACGUGUCCGAGAUGUCCAAGACCUUUCUCCGAUUCGUCAACGUCGUCAUCGUUUUUGGCGCAAUCUCCACCGUCAUCCUCCAAUUCGUUAUAAGAUCCUCCCCUACGCUCACAGGCUGGGCGUUCAUCCUCCUCGGCCUCCUCGUCUUAAUCUCCGGAAUUUUCGGCACAAUUUCCUCCGGCCAAGCCGGCUGUUUUAACUGCCACAUGUUCUGCCUGGCCGUCAGUUCCGCCGGCCUCUGCGCGUCGUUCCUCUGCACGUUUCUCCUAUUCAACAACACCGUCGAUGCCAUCGAUCCGACGAUGUCGACCGCAGCGGUCGGGGAGCAGUACGUGCGCAUAGUCGGCGCGCUUUACUUCGUGCUGUUCGCCGCGCAGAUGGUCGUGCUGCUGCUCGCGACGAUGAUCCACGUGUGCGGGUUCAUUGACUAUAACGAGGAUCUGGAGGCGGUCGCGACGGCGAAGCUCGUCGCGAAGAUGCAGCGGCAGGAGGAGGAGGAGCGGCGCGCGAACGCGGAGGCGGCUGACGCUGCAGCUUCGUCGAAGCAUCAGCUGUCGGAGAAGCUGAAGAGCAAGUACAAGCAGUGGACGCACGGCGACGCGGCGCCGGCCUUGUCGGAUUACGACAUGGAGGCGUCGCAGCUGAGCGGAAGCAGAGGCUACCACGCUUAAAGUUAGCGUCUGCUCUUGGGUACUUGCUCCUGCGGCUCCUGACAUGUCGAAUUAUGACACGGAGGCGUCGCAGCUAAGUGGGAGCAGAGGCUACCACGCUUAGAGUCGCCUCGCCAGGCUUCAGGCUUCAGGUGCCAGUCACCAGCCUUUGAGUAAGCGUCUGCAACGCAAUGAUUAUAUUAUUUAGUUUGGCUGCCAGAAUUACUGCAUCCGUGUGAUACUGAUGCAGUUCUCUAGGAUUGGAUGUUUCCUCCCCAUACUUACUAGCUGGUGGCCACAUUGCCACCACCCAAUAGACCUGCUGCAAGGAAAUGGUAUUUCCUUAUCACGGGAUUUAGUUAGUAAGGCGUACACCGCUAUAACGGGGUUGCCACGAAAUUCAAAUCACGGUACCCAAAUGUGGCCUCCUGACGAGCCGCAUGCAUUUUGCCCGUCUUGCUGUUUCAUGCCUAAAUCUAGGUGUUUCACGCCAAUUUACGAACCACACGUUGCAGCUUUGCCGAGCCACGGCCGUGUGCUCUAAGCUAGCUAUAUCCAUGCUACCUGCUGUUUGAAUGUCGUGUCAAUUGUCUUGUUUUCUCAUUACUC